UCUUACUCUGUGAGUAGAAUCCAAGAAGAAGAAAAUUGUUGGCACUCUCUGUUUUCACACUCUUUAUUCUUUAACCCAAUUCAGACAGCUAAGCCCAUUUCAAUCUUCUCUGUUUAGCAGAUAAUUCCGUUGGAAAAUCUCAGGAAAAAAAAUGAAGGGGGUGAAAGGAAAAUUCCUGAAGAAGCUCAAAUCCAUCAAACCAAUCCUGAAGCAAGAUUUAAUUCUCCAGAUCAAGGCCUCAGAUGGGUACGUCCAUUUUCUCCCAAAGAUUCCGAGUUUCAAUCUGCAUUCCCCGUUUGUUUCCCGAGAAAACAAGCCCGAGAAAGUUGUUCAGAGCUGCGAGAAAAUGCAGGACGAACCCGAGGUGAUCGACGUUGCAGAGCUGAUGAAAGACCUUGAGGAAGAAGAUGAUUACAAUGACAACAAAGAGAACAUAGGUCCAUGUUCACAGAAACCCCAACAACACCACAAGGGUGUUUUGCAGAACGGGAACAGAGCAAAAACAGAUUCAAAACAGAGAGGGGUUUUGGAGGAAAAAAAGUCUUCACCAGAAAAUGCUGACAAUAACAACAACAGAAACAGCAACAGAAAAAUCCCUUUGUUAGAUACUGAUGUUCCAUCGUUCCGGCGGCCGGACUUGAACUCCGGCAGCCUAUUCGAUCCGAAUCUACUGGCCGCGUUCGAGCAAGCCGUGAAGGAACAUUCUAGAAUAACAGAAGAACAGAGGAGAAGCAGAGUCGAAGAAGAGUCUUCACAGAAAGUGGAAGAUGAUGACCCUGACCCUUUGAUGUUCUUUGAAGAGAAGUGUCCACCCGGGGGCGACGGAAUGGUUAUUUUCUACACCACGACACUUAGGGGAAUCCUGAAGACAUUCGAGGAUUGCAACAAAAUCCGCUUCCUCCUCCAGAGUUUCAAGGUUUUGUAUUUUGAGAGGGACAUUUCAAUGCACAAGGAGUUCAGGGAUGAGUUGUGGAGCAGUUUGGAGGGGAAAUUAGUGCCUCCAAGGCUUUUUGUGAAGGGCAGGUACAUUGGUGGAGCAGAAGAAGUUCUGAGUUUGCAUGAGCAGGGAAAGCUGAGGAAAAUCUUUGAAGGGGUUCCAAUGGAUUAUUCUAAUGGUCCUUGUGAUGCAUGUGGAGGGAUAAGGUUUGUGCUGUGCUUCAAGUGUAAUGGAAGCCACAAGGUUAUGGCGGAAAAUGGAGAGAGCAAUCAGUGCCUUCAGUGUAAUGAGAAUGGAUUGAUUUUGUGCCCAUAUUGCUGUUAGCUUAUGAAGAAGAAUAUCAGUUAAAGUAAUAGAGUUUUAUACUUAGUGUGUUCUAUCCAUUGUGAUAGAGUUUGUACUUAAUUGAAUUUGUGUGAACUGGAUUUUUUUUCUUUCUUUUUUUGGAUAAUGAUCAUUCUUUUAAUUCUUUUUACCGGUGAUAGGCACCUGCAUUGCCUGUUUGUACUGUUCUUGGACCAAUCUGAAGGUCCUUAGAAUUUCAGAUUCAGUGUGCCUUUUCAAUGUAUCUAGUUUUAUACCUUAAUAAAAGGAUCCUACUUGUUGAAAGGUAUGAA